ACAAAGCGCAGAUAGUCCACCUCUCCAUGUUAUGUGCAGCCGCUCAGUGAGGGCUCAACAGCAAUCUCGGAUAUUGCCCCUCGUUGUUAAAAAAAGAAAAGAAAAUAUAUUUUAUUUACGCUGCAUGGACAGUUAAGUGCGCCUCUGAUUUUUUUUUUUUUUUUGCGAGUGUCCACUCACUCAGUGCUCCCCCAUCUCCAGCUUCAACAUUUGUGAAGUGGCUGCCUCACCCGCUCGGACCGGAGGCCGUCUGGUCUCCGAUCUGGUCUCCGGAGUCACCGGAGAGUCCACGCGCUCAGUCAGGGCCAAGCUGUGCGGCUCCCGGAUCAGACCAGAGCCACCCCGAUCUCUGGCCAUGGAGAUGAUGGAAGGAGACGUUACGGACAAAUUAGAGGACAUGUCUUCGGUGUACGACUUCGACCCGAUCACCGGCAACAUCCCCGCCACCAAAGUAGAAAUCACCGUCUCCUGCAGAAAUCUGCUGGAUAAAGACACAUUCUCAAAGUCAGACCCAUUAUGCGUGCUCUAUACGCAAGGUGUUGAAACCAAACAGUGGAGAGAGUUUGGAAGAACAGAAGUGAUAGACAACACCUUAAACCCAGAAUUUGUUCGAAAGUACAUCUUGGACUACUUUUUUGAGGAGAAGCAAAACCUUCGCUUCGACUUGUAUGAUGUCGACUCUAAAAGCCCAGACCUGUCCAAACAUCCUGCAGAACUCAACGACUUUUUGGGUCAGACGUUCUGUACUCUUGGGGAGAUUGUUGGAUCACCAGCCAGUCGACUGGAGAAAUCACUGGGGGGGAUCCAAGGGAAGAAAUGUGGUACUAUCGUCCUGUCCGCAGAGGAGCUGAGCAAUUGUCGAGACAGCGCCACUAUGCAGUUCUGUGCCAACAAACUGGACAAGAAAGACUUCUUUGGCAAGUCGGACCCUUUCAUGGUCUUCUACAGAAGCAACGAGGACGGAACGUUUACUAUCUGUCAUAAAACUGAAGUGGUGAAGAACACAUUAAAUCCAGUGUGGCAGCCUUUCGCUAUCCCAGUACGAGCGCUCUGCAAUGGAGACUACGACAGAACAAUCAAGGUGGAGGUGUAUGAUUGGGAUAGAGAUGGCAGCCACGACUUCAUCGGGGAUUUUACAACUAGCUACCGAGAGCUAGCUCGAGGGCAGAGCCAGUUCAAUGUGUAUGAGGUGAUUAACACCAAGAAGAAAAUGAAGAAAAAGAAAUAUGUCAACUCCGGGACAGUGACCCUGCUCUCGUUUUCAGUGGAGUCAGAGUUCACGUUCUUAGAUUACAUCAAAGGAGGGACGCAGAUCAAUUUCACCGUGGCCAUUGAUUUCACAGCAUCUAAUGGAAACCCCUCCCAGUCCACUUCGCUGCACUACAUGAAUCCCUACCAGCUGAACGCCUACGCCAUGGCCCUGAAGGCUGUUGGGGAGAUAAUUCAGGACUACGACAGUGACAAGAUGUUCCCCGCUUUGGGCUUUGGAGCCAAACUGCCCCCUGACGGAAGAGUUUCUCACGAGUUUCCUCUGAAUGGAAACAUGGAAAAUCCGUACUGCAACGGUAUUGAGGGGAUCUUAGAGGCAUACCACCAGAGUCUGAAGACAGUGCAGCUGUACGGGCCAACGAACUUCGCUCCAGUGGUGAAUCAUGUUGCCAGGUAUGCAGCGGCGGUGCAGGACGGCUCUCAGUACUUUGUGCUCCUCAUCAUCACAGACGGCGUCAUUUCCGAUAUGGCCCAGACCAAAGAGGCCAUUGUAAAUGGUGCCAAGCUUCCCAUGUCCAUCAUCAUAGUUGGUGUUGGUCAGGCAGAGUUUGACGCUAUGGUGGAGCUGGAUGGUGAUGACAUCCGGGUCUCGUCCCGGGGGAAACUGGCAGAGAGAGACAUUGUUCAGUUUGUUCCCUUUAGAGAUUAUAUGGACCGGACAGGCAACCAUGUGUUAAGCAUGGCGCGGCUCGCUAAGGACGUGCUAGCAGAGAUCCCAGAUCAGUUCAUCUCUUACAUGAAGAGUCGGGGGAUCAAACCCAAUCCAGCGCCGCCUCCCUACACACCGCCUGGACACCACCACACAUUGAUCUGAAGCCCUCCUCUUGGCUUCACUGAGGACUGACAGCAUGCAGCAGCCACUCUAGAGUCCAGUGGGAACUCUCCCUCCUGUGCUAUGGCGCAAACAGGGGAUGACAUGACAGGAAAUUGAAGAUGAAUUUUGAGCCGUAUCCUCCCGGUGACAACUUGAGCCAACUUAUUUUUUUUUUAUUUGGUUUGUUUUUCUGUGCUAUAUUCAUUUGGAUGAUUUCUCUUAAUAAGAGGCUCAAACUUAGCAGGAGUCGUUGCUGAAAGCCUUUUAGUCCAACACUGAGGCAGUGACUGUUCCACAUCUAAUCUGACAGCAGGUUGGUUCAAAGAGGUCAUGUUGUGGUUAAAACUUGUGCCUGUCUGUGGUUGUUUCUCUAAUUGUAUCAGGACAUGUGAACUUUGACCUAAGCCUUGCUCGUCAGUCAUUGGUGUGGCCUAACACGGUGAUAUUUUUUAGGCACCUUUUCCCUUCUGGAAUACGUUUUUUUUAUAUUUGGGGAGUAUCUACAUAUCUGCUAAUGCAUUGGUUAUGAUGGAAGACAGUUUAUUAUUAACAUUAAUCAGGCUUUUCUACCAUGAGGUGUCUCCUCUUCUCUUCUUUGGUAGGUAAGUGUUUAUAUCAGCAUGUUGUAUGAGAAGUUUAUUCCCCAUAUCCCAGUAUAUUUAUUCUCCAGUGUUAUUUAGAGUGGCAUGGACAUUUGAUGGAUAUGUUUUGAAGUGGUCACCAAUUAUUUGAGCGAUUGCAUAUAAAAAGCACAACCUGUCUCUCUACCAAGGACAAGCUUAGUACGAUGCUAUCAAUCAUAUUUAAUCAUUUUGAGAGCUGAUGGUCACUGUUUCUAAAGAAAAGUACACAAUGUAUUCAUACAAAUCAAAUAUAUUUGUACUGCUCCUGCAAUUCAACAUAAAAUAUUGCUCAGGCUUGUUUGAGGUUCACAUUCAGCAAGGAUAAAUUCCAAUCACAAAGAAGACAUCUGAACAAAAGGAACAUUAAUAAUGUAAUCAUAACCCUGGUUUAGUUUUUUAUCCACAAAUAUGGUUAUGUAGCAUUCAAGAAUUAUAACAGGCAUUACCUUAUACAGUAAGUAAAAGACAUAACAAAACAUGUGAAAAAUAUCAUUUAUAUCCGGAUAACUAAUCUAGAAAUGCAGGCAACAGUUCCACUUUACCUUGGUGUAAUUUGACUAAAUGCCACUUUUUGGUAAUAUGGACAACUAAAGCACAACGACAGUGAGGGUCUUUGAUCUUCAAGAGGCCUUGUGCCACAAUCUCAUUCCUUUCAGCUGAUUCAUGUAAUAUUAAUACAAUUCAUUUAAUACAUCCACAAUACAACUAAGUGAAACACAGCAAACAAGGGCAGAUGGUAGCAGGUCAAACUAGGAACACUGGAUAUUAUUCUUACCUGAGGGCCCAAUAGGGGGUUAAACUGCCCUGAUACGAUCCCAAACACACCACUGAGGCAACCCAGACACUCCAUAAGCAGAAAUCUGUAAGCCCCCAAAGGCCAUGCAUCAGCAGUCUCUAACCCCCAUCAUCAUGGAUCCACACUGCAAGUCUGUGCGAUCACAGCCAGUGUUGCUCCCUGGGGAUUUACAUCUCAUACAGCCCAGUCGUGGCACAGUACAUUUCAAGUCUCUGGUGGGAGACAGUUCACAACUGGUCUCGAGAGCUUUGGGAUUCAUGCUCAUUACAUUCAGUACAAAAGUAAUUAUCUCAAGUGUAAACACAUUAACAAACCCGUCAAUACCACAGGGUGAAGGGGGAUCAUUUUGUGCUAAUCUUAGUUUGGCUUUCUGUAGCCUCCCACCAUCUGUGACGUUGCUUACUGUAAGGAAACGAAAACAAACUGGCUUUCAGGUGGCAAAUAAAAUGUUAUCAAAUCAGAAACAAAAGCUUCUUGUUUGAGAUUCAUCUCGGCACAAUGGCGCAACAACCAUCCUCAACAGCCCUAUGAUUUUACCUUAUCAACAUUGAGACAUGUCAUACAGUCAAAAUGUAAAGAAAAUGAUCCAUUCAGAAUCUUUUAAAGAAAGUUCAGAAUACAAAUACUCAAUUAUUCUCUCCCAUCAUGCCUCCCAUCUGACAAAUCACAUAGGAUCUCUGCUCAUGUUGCAGAAACAAUUUUUAUUUCCAGUUGUUCAUGUUAACAGUGACAUACAACACUAGUCACAACAUUAACCUCUCUACUUUUGAAGGUAAGCAUAACCAUUUUGAAUAAUAAAGUGGUAUUUUCAUGGCAUGCAUGUUAUUCAUGACUUAAAUAGGGAUCAAUAUCUCAACAACUAUUGGAUGGGUUUUUAAUAGAUAAUUUUCCCGUCGUCAACAUCCCUAGAAGAUGUGUCCUCAUGACUGUGGUUACUCUCUGAAACAUCAUCGGGUCGAAAUUUACAGCAAAUUUUAACAUGCUAACAAACUAAAGGAAGACUGUGAACAUGGUAAACACUAGUCAUCAACACACCCUGUCAUUUUAAGCAUGUUGAUGUUAGCAUUUAGCUCAAAGUCUCCCUGCGGGACAAAUAAAGGUAGUCUGACUCUGAUUUGUCCAAGUGAAGACUCACACAGCUGUCAGCAUAACCGUUUUUUUUUUUGGUGUGGUUUUUUUAAGCAUCACAGAACAAAUUCAAAAUCGAAGUUUUACUUUUUUCAUCUUUGACACAGCCCUUUCUCUUCUUUUAGCAUCAUUAUUUCAAUUUCACUUGGUUUUGUUUACAAACUUGACCUUCAUGUGCCCCUCAUUGAUGUAGAGUGUAAACAAACACAAAAACAAGGCUACAAUUAUAAUAGACUCUAAAAGGUGCCCUUCCCUUUAAAACUGACAAAGCGAGGCAUAAUUAUUCCCAGCUCAAAAGGUUAUUUUCAAGUGUCUAAUGUAGCAAACUAAAAGGCCUUAAAAAUCUGGAAGGGAGUCACUGCAUCUGAUUAUGUCUUGUACUGAAUAGCAGCCAGGCGGGUGAGUAUGGCUCUUUGGUUGAGGAGAGAAUUAUUUCAUAGAGGUCAAAAUGGAAAACAGUUAUUUGCUUGUAUAUUGUUAGGUGGUGUAAGAGGGGAAACGGUUAUGGGUGAAAAGAUAAGAAUGGACUUGUAUUAGAAUGUAAAGUGUAUCAACAGCAGGUUUGCAUACAGAUCCUGGAGGCACUUUAUCCUUGCAAGGAGUGCUCACUGUAUAUGUUUUAUAUAUUUUUGGGACUAUAACUGUAUUGAAGAUAUCUAUUUAUUUUUGGAGUUAUAUGUAUGAAAAGCCAUUGCUCCUGUCAUCUAUGUCAUUAUGGUGACUUCUUGACCCCCUGACUUGUUACUGCGAUGGAUUGACUGCAUGUUUUCUUGGGGUACGUUGACAAAGAGUGCCCCAUCUGUAUAAUAGGAACCAGCCCAGCCAGAUUUCAUGCAUGUCAGUGCCAAACUUGGCAGUAAGCUCUGUGGACUGUUUGCUGUUUCUUCUCUCUUGUGCCUGGUUCUCCAAACAUUUCUUGUCUCACCAGUGCUUAAAAACUGUAGCCUAAUUAGCAUGUUACAGUUAACACUUUGUUUAUUAUUAUUAUUUGUCUUAUCUCACAAUUUCUUGAGUUCUCUGAUUUGCAUGACUCCCUACUUUCCUUUAAAUGGGGUUUUUUAAUUGUACAUGAUUAUUGUCAUAUGGUGGGUUGUGAAAUGCUUUGUAUUGGAUUGCCUUAACUGAAAACUAAUUAAAAAUGACUACUUUUAUAAAAGUUCUUGGAGCGUUAUACUUUGAUUUCAGUAGUCAGUGUUUUAAUUUGUUACUUAAAAAUAGGGUCAAUGAGGUUGAUUUUAAAUGUCAAGCUGCUGGGUGCUGGUAAGACAAAAGUAGAAACUGCUCAAGGGAAACUCCGUAUAAACAUUGAUCACAUAACAAAGCUGCAUGUACGAUACAAAACAAUGUCAAAUAAGCCUCAAAGGGCUAACUUGUUGUGUUAUACAGGUGGUUUUAAUGUACAUUUUCCGCAUUUUUCUCCCUUAGGAAUAAGACAUUUGGUAUAUCUUCUUUAAAAUCACCACAGGAGAUUGUAAACACCUAUUUUUAUGAAUAAAAAAUUACUUAGUGUACAUUAAACUAUCCCUCCUAUUACUUCAUGUUUAGAAAUGUUAUCUUGUUCUUAUCACCCUUUUAUAGAAACU